CAGAAGGAGACCAUCUAUUAUGGCUUUUGUGUUGGAUAUCUUUUUUCACUGCUGCUCAAGAGAAUCAUCAAGAGGAGCUCUCCAGUUUCGGCCAAAGGCAACCCCGCAAUCACCGAGAUCAUCUACAGAGUCUAGUCAGACAAGAGAGCCUCCAGGCAGCUUGCACUCUCUUCUCUCACAAAAAGGCUAAGAUAAUAUGGACACGGACAUCGUGAUCGCUUCUCACAAUCCCCAAUUUCCCAACAUACGGGAAAUUGGCGCUUCCUUGUACACACCAACCGUCUGCAUCUCGAGACAAAUUGUUGUCAUUGUCCAUGGACAUGCAGGCCAUCGCGAUUACUGCUACCAAAGAGCCCUCGCCGAGAAACUCGACCAGGUCUCUAUACGAUUCGAUUUCAGUGGUUGUGGCUAUCAGCUUGGCAGCGGAACGCCGCCCGGUGACGAGACCAAGGAGAUUCCUCGAACAAUAGAGAGCGACAUGACAGAUUUAUCUACUGUCAUUUCUUGGUGCCGCGAACAAAAAUACAUUGUCACUGCCCUCGUCGGGCAUUCCCGCGGCGGCGUCGCUUGCUUGCAAUAUGCGAAGCGCGAUGCCAGUAUUCCGACGGUGGUCAAUUGCUCGGGCAGAUAUCGAGCUCAUCUGAUUCUUGAAAAGGUCAAGAAGAAUCCAGCCUUGAAGCCGGGUAUGCUUGGGUUUUGGGAGACACAACGUGCCGGCACAGGCGGCGCUCUUGUCAAGAAGUGGACGCUCUUGUCUGAAAUCCAGUCGGUGGGUAAGCAAGAGAUGGCCGGUAUCAAGGAUGCAUUACCAUCAUCGACAGAUGUUCUGCUAGUCUUUGGCACGCGGGACAUUAUUGUUCCUGUGUCAGACUCGGCAAUGUUCAUUGAGGAGCUGAAGGAACGCUGCACCCUUCAUCUCGAAGAGGACGCCGACCAUAACUUCUUCAUACAGCCAGAUGCACGCUACCCGCAACGCGUCAAUCGUAACCCAGCGGUUGCGGAAGCUAUUGCAAAAUACUUGUCGGAAGACGCAACUCGAGCUCGUUUCCUGCGUCGCGAAGCGUUCGUACCGGAGCCGCGCUUCAAGAAAGUUGAGGGUGUGCCAAACUUUCGAGACCUCGGCGGCUACGCCAACUUCCCUCUUGGUCUUGUCUACCGAUCGGCUGACCUGAGUGAUGUGACGCAACUCGGUAUGCAUCAGCUUUCCAACCACGUCUCGCUUAUCAUUGAUGUGCGCAGCCAUCCGGAAGCCAUCAGCAACGGCAUAGUGGGCAAAGCAGGACCUGACGCUUCCUCUGUUCCUUUUGAAAAGUUGGGUGAGGAAGCCUCUGCACAGCUUCAGCCUUACGGUGUACGCAGGCUACAUAUUCCAGUCUUUGAAAAGAUUGACUAUUCGCCCAAGGGACUUGCGUCCUUCUUUGGUGAUGGCAAAGCGACUGUAGCACAGCGCGAACAAGGCAUGCUCAAGGCAUACAAGUCUAUUGCAUUGAACGCAGCAGGUGUGCUCCAAAAGCUGAUUCCUAUUCUUGCAGAUGUCAUUCGGUCACGCGCUCGGUUGCUAAAAUCCGGGGAAGAUGGCACUGUGGUGGAUCGCCGUGGUAUCCUGCUUCACUGCAGUGCUGGUAAGGACAGGACGGGCAUCAUAUGUGCGCUGCUUCUUGCCCUUGCUCAAGUUGACGAUGAAAUCAUCUGCAGAGAGUACGAACUGACGACAUAUGGUCUCACGUUGAAUGGGGCCCCUGCAGGUGGAGAGUCUGCUGAAGAUAAAGUGGCAAAGGCGGUUCCUGCUGGUGCAGCACUCCAUCUUCAGCCUGAUACCCAGAACAUUGGGUCUGGUUCACGCUCUGAAACGAUGCGCAAGACGCUUGUCCUCAUUCGCGAACAGCUUGGCGGGAUUGAGACUUACUUCCAGGAGCGUGUAAAGACCAGCAGGCAAGACCUUGAGCUUGUCACGGCGGUAUUACGUGGUAAAGAGCCAUUCAUGCUUGUUCAACAAAUACCAGGGGCCAUUGCAGUGAAAAGAGAGAAUUGAACGUUACAAUUCUUGAUCGGGGGUGAUGCCAACAUGCCUGAACUCGUCCGUGACAGUCUGAGCAUAGCUCUCGCAAGGCCAACCGAAUCCACCAUGGUUAUGCCAUUCCGUGCGGCAAUGAAUGCCUGCCCAAAUGACCACAUUGUCCACCUCACGGGUCAAAGAGCGGCCCACAGUGAACAUGAGCUUGCGUUGCCAGGCUAUUUGAAACAUCUUGAGGAUGUCGCGAAAGGCGGGCGUGUCUGGCAGAUAGGCUUGCCGAUAAGUGCCAGAGAAAAAUUUGCCUGGAUUUUGAUGACCAGAAGACUGAAUACCGCUUGGGAUAGUCCACGAUAGCAUCCAUGUCCCAGAUGAAUAUUCUGCCUUGCUUCCUUUGGAAGGUGAUACAGGCACAGAGGAUGAUGCAGAUGAAGGGUACGAGCCUGUUGU